CCCAGCCCCAAAGUAAAAGUGACACAAGUUCAUUUUUUAACGGAAGGGGGGGAGGCGAAGGCGCGCGCGGAGGACAGGCGGAGAGCUGCAGCCGCGGAGCCGGGAGGCGCUGUCCACGGUGCUGACGGGGCCCCCGUAGCGGAGGGAGCGCGGAGAAGACCUCCCCGGCCAGGUAGAGCGUCAUGCGCCGAGGGCCGCCGCCGCCGCUAUCCGCGGUGCUGACGCCGCCAGGUGCGCUCCGAUACCCCGGCUGGUAGCGCCACUCGCGCCCUCUGCUAUCCGCGGUGCUGACCCCGCUGCCCUCGGCCACCGCUCGCCUGGAGGAAGAGUGCAGUUUGGAUUUUUUUUUUUUAAACCCUUCUUUAUUUAGAUUCCAGCGUCUUCGCAUCUCUUCUGUGCCAAAGGGGAGCUCAGGCCGUCCGUCUCCCCCUUGGCUCUCCCCAACUUGGCGCACCCUCCCUCCCGUUUCUCCCUGACACUCCCACCACCCCCCCUCGGCUCGGCGGCUCGGCGCGAUGCUGCAGAAGACGCGCUGAGCCCUUUUGGAUCUAAUGCGCAGAGGAGGUUGGCCCAGAGCUCCUGGGCUCCCCCAAGGCUGAACUCCAUCCAAGGUGCCCGCAGGCUCCCUGCCCGCCUUCCCCAUGCCAGCCCGCAGCUAGGGGCAGGGGCAGCGGCGGCUGGGGUUGGGGGUGGGUGGGGAGCUUUUGGGGAGGACAGGUCGCAGCUUGGCUAUGGAAGGCUCCAAUGGCUUUGGGAUCGACUCCAUUCUCUCCCACCGAGCCGGCAGCCCCGCCCUUCCCAAGGGGGACCCCUUGCUCGGGGACUGCCGCUCGCCCCUGGAGCUGAGUCCUCGCUCAGAGAGCAGCAGCGACUGCUCUUCACCAGCCUCGCCAGGAAGGGACUGUCUGGAGACGGGAGCCCCGCGGCCUGGCGGGGCUUCGGGACCAGGUUUGGACUCCCACCUGCAGCCUGGGCAGCUCUCGGCCCCAGCCCAGUCUCGCACCGUGACCUCCUCCUUUCUGAUCAGGGACAUCCUUGCCGACUGCAAACCGCUUGCGGCCUGUGCACCCUACUCUAGCAGCGGGCAGCCGGCCGCUCCUGACCCUGGGGGCCGUCUUGCGGCCAAGGCUGGGGAGGACUUUAGAGACAAGCUGGACAAAAGUGGCAGCAACGCCUCAUCGGACUCUGAGUAUAAAGUGAAGGAGGAGGGCGACCGGGAGAUCUCCAGCUCCAGGGACAGCCCCCCAGUGCGCCUGAAAAAGCCUCGCAAGGCACGCACGGCCUUCACCGACCACCAGCUGGCGCAGCUGGAGCGCAGCUUCGAGCGGCAGAAGUACCUGAGCGUGCAGGACCGCAUGGAGCUCGCAGCUUCGCUCAACCUCACCGACACGCAGGUCAAGACCUGGUACCAGAACCGCAGGACUAAGUGGAAGCGACAGACGGCCGUCGGGUUGGAGCUGCUGGCCGAGGCGGGCAAUUAUUCGGCGCUCCAGCGGAUGUUCCCGUCGCCUUAUUUCUACCCGCAGAGUCUGGUUUCCAACCUGGAUCCCGGCGCCGCGCUCUAUCUGUACCGCGGGCCCAGCGCACCGCCGCCCGCGCUGCAGAGACCUCUGGUCCCUCGCAUCCUCAUCCACGGACUCCAGGGCGCCAGCGAGCCGCCGCCGCCGCUGCCUCCCCUGGCCGGCGUCCUCCCGCGCGCCGCGCAGCCUCGGUGAACGCCCGCCCGCCGG